CUGAAUAUAGCAGUCUUUGAGCAUUUACCAAGAAGAUUGUCGGUUAUUUGCAAACAAAUUCUCACACCUAGUUUCGAGUUAAAUCCCAAUACAACCAUGCCAGGGAUUGAUAAACUUCCCAUAGAGGAAGCACUGGAGGACAGUCCGCAGACCCGCUCCCUGCUUGGUGUGUUUGAGGAGGAUGCAGCUGCCAUUUCCAGCUAUUCCCAUCAGCUCUUUCAGGCCAUGCAGAGAAUCUAUGACGCUCAGAAUGAACUUAGCGCUGCAACUCACCUAACCUCCAAACUAUUAAAGGAAUAUGAGAAACAGCGUUUCCCUCUCGGGGGUGAUGAUGAGGUCAUGAGUUCUACUCUGCUCCAGUUUGCCAAAGUCAUCGAUGAGCUUAGUUCCUGCCACGCUGUCUUGUCUACUCAGCUAGCAGAUGCAAUGAUGUUUCCCAUAACGCAGUUUAAAGAGCGAGAUUUGAAGGAGAUCCUUACACUGAAGGAAGUAUUUCAGAUUGCCAGUGAUGAUCACGACGUGGCCAUCAACAGAUACAGCCGGCUGUCAAAAAAGAGGGAAAAUGAAAAGGUGAAACAUGAGGUGAUGGAGGAUGUCUACACCUCCAGGAAGAAGCAGCACCAGACCAUGAUGCACUAUUUCUCUGCCCUCAACACACUGCAGUACAAGAAGAAGAUUGCUCUGUUGGAGCCGUUAUUAGGGUACAUGCAGGCUCAGAUUAGUUUCUUUAAACUUGGCUCAGAGAACCUCACUCAGCAAUGGGAGGACUUCCUUACGACCAUUGCAACUAGUGUACAGAAUGUUCGCAGGGAGAUGGACAGUGAGGUGGAUGGGAUGCAGCAGACCAUUCAGGAUCUGGAAGAGGCCAGUGAUCUGGUCUACAUGCCAGACCCAGACCCCAGCAAAAUCCCCAUCAACCGCAACCUGACCCGCAAGGCUGGCUACCUCAACACACGCAAUAAAACAGGCUUAGUGUCGUCCUCCUGGGACCGGCAGUACUUCUUCACCCAGGGAGGGAACCUCAUGAGCCAAUCACGUGGUGACGUGGCCGGAGGUCUGGUCAUGGAUAUCGAUAACUGCUCUGUCAUGGCAGUGGACUGUGAGGAUCGGCGCUUCUGCUUUCAGAUCACAGCCUUCGAUGGCAAAAAGGUGGUCAUUUUGCAGGCAGACAGUCGAAAGGACUGUGAGGAGUGGAUUGCAACGAUAAACAACAUUUCCAGGAGGAUAUACCUCAGUGAGAAUGCAGAGGAAAUUGCUGCCAGAGUCAACCAGUCAGCUCUGGAGGCUGUGACGCCAUCUCCCUCCUUCCAGCAGAGGCAUGAGAGUUUGCGACCGAGCAUGCAAAAUAGACCCAAAUCAGCUCGCACCAGUAGUCAGAGUUCGGCUGGUUCGGAGUCACCAGCCCUCUCCACUCUGUCUCUGGAUUCGCUAGUGGCCCCAGACACACCCAUUCAGUUUGACAUCAUCUCACCUGUCAGUGAGGAAUAUACUGGCCAGGCCAAGAGUGCCAGCCAGGGCAGAAGGACCAACCCAUUUGGAGAGUCUGGAGAAUCAGAAGAAGGUCAAGAUUCCAUUCUUCACCAACUCUUCAUUGUGCGGUUCCUGGGCUCCAUGGAAGUGAAGGCCACGGAAAACGCUGAUGUCAUUUAUGAAACCAUGCGGCAGAUCCUAGCUGCCCGUGCCAUACACAACAUCUUCAGAAUGACAGAAUCCCAUCUGCUUGUCACCUGUGAAUGCCUGAAGCUGAUCGACCCUCAGACGCAGGUUACGAGACUGAGGUUCCCUCUGUCCAGCGUGGUGCUGUGUGCAUCUCACCAGGAGAACAAGCGUCUGUUUGGCUUUGUACUGCAAACGGCAGGAGGCAGGGUGGAUGGUCGACCUGUUACCGUCUGCUACAUCUUUGAGUCAAACAAUGAUGGCGAGAAGAUCUGUGACAGUGUGGGACUGGCCAAACAGAUAGCCCUUCACUCAGAGAUGGAUCGCAGGGCUACGGAAAAGCAGAAGGAGUUGGACAAGGCUAAGGAGAAGCAACAGGAGGAGCUGACCAAACAAAAGCAGAUUGAAAAGGACCUUGAAGAACAAAGCCGUUUAAUAGCUGCAUCAAGCAGACCCAACCCGCCGGCCGGUGAUGGACAGUUUUUAGUCCUCAGCAAUAGCCAAUCAGAGGACAGUGACGCUGGGGAGGAGGGACGGAAAAAGGGCGAAUCAGAAGCUUGAAGCUUGGUGAUAAUGAGAAGAAAGAAGAGAGCUGGCAUGUACCUGUGUUCAUCUUUGCUCUAUCUUACUACCUUUCUCUCAAGGUUUUCUUUAUUUGCCUUUGGAAUAUUGAUACUGAGGGAAUAAAAACCUUGGACAAUGUGUGGACGCUCAAGUAGACCUUCCAAGGAUUUUUGUUUUGUUUUAUUUGUAUGAAUUCUGUAUUUUAUACUAUCUUGGUUAUUGAAAAGAUAUAUGAAUAUGCUUACAGAUGUGGUUUUUUUUUUUUACUUGUGUAAUCCACUGCACUACAACAGCAUACUAAAAUCUUAAGAGAUGAACAAUAUUGUUCUUUUUGAAAGAAAUUGCACGUGUGAAUAACAGAUUUAUAACGGACUUGUAUUAAUACUUUAUAUUUGACUUGUUCAUGUUCGCUCUAACACAGAUGCAUGUGCUUUUGAUCAUACCAUUGUUAUGAAUCAUGAUUCCAAAUUUGCAUCAAAAGGUGACUGACUCAUAUUGUCAAAUUCUGGCAAACGAUGCCUUUCCAGUGAUGAAACCAUGAUGCUUGGGUGUUCAAACAUACUGUAUAGUUUUCAACAAAUUAGUCAACUGAACAGUUGUUGAACAAUAACUUGGGCUACCAAGACUUGAUACAACUGUGCUAGAACAAUUAUUUGAAUUUGGCCUGUGGACAUUUUUAGCCCAUAGACUCACACUGCCCUUAGACUUUUGUUUUUACAUUGAACCUUUACCUUAUUCCGUUUUUGAGAUAUCUUAUAAUAAUACCAGUUGAGUUUUGAGUGGUCAUUUUCAUUCUAUUCAACAAAACUAUUCCAGUAUAUCACCAAUGUAUCGGUUUAUAAUGUUGUCAAUACAUUUUAUUUCCUGUCACAGAAAAGUUCU